CGCGGGGCGGGGCGGCGUCCGGCCCAGCCAUGGCGGACGAGGGCCCGCGGAAGGGCAGCGUCUCGGCGCUCAUGGGCCGCACCAACGGCCUCACCAAGCCCGCGGUGUUGGCGGGCGGCCCUGCCAAGCCGGGGGGCGCGGGCGGGUCCAGGAAGCUGGUCAUCAAGAACUUCCGAGACCGGCCCCGGCUGCCCGACAACUACACGCAGGACACGUGGCGGAAGCUGCAUGAGGCGGUCAGGGCCAUCCAGGGCAGCACGUCCAUCAGGUACAACCUGGAGGAGCUGUACCAGGCUGUUGAAAAUCUUUGUUCUCACAAAGUCUCCCCGACACUUUACAAGCAGCUGCGCCAGGCCUGUGAGGACCACAUCCAAGCACAAAUCCUUCCAUUCAGAGAAGACUCACUAGACAGUGUGUUAUUUCUAAAGAAGAUUAACACAUGCUGGCAAGAUCACUGCAGACAGAUGAUCAUGAUCAGAAGCAUUUUCUUGUUUCUGGACCGUACUUAUGUCCUUCAGAACUCCAUGCUCCCUUCUAUCUGGGACAUGGGCCUGGAGCUGUUUCGGAACCAUAUCAUCAGUGACAGGAUGGUGCAGAGCAAGACCAUUGCAGGGGUCCUGCUGCUGAUUGAGCGGGAGAGGAGCGGCGAGGCCGUGGACAGAAGCCUGCUACGCAGCCUGUUGGGCAUGCUCUCGGAUCUCCAGGUCUAUAAAGAUUCAUUUGAACUAAAAUUUUUGGAAGAGACUAAUUGUUUGUAUGCUGCAGAAGGCCAAAGAUUAAUGCAAGAGAGAGAGGUUCCAGAAUACCUUAGCCAUGUGAGUAAGCGUCUGGAAGAGGAAGGAGACCGUGUGAUCACUUACCUUGACCAUAGCACACAGAAGCCACUGAUUGCUUGCGUAGAGAAACAGCUCUUAGGAGAACACUUAACAGCAAUUCUGCAGAAAGGGCUUGACCACCUGCUGGAUGAGAACAGGGUGCCGGAUCUCACGCAGAUGUACCAGCUGUUCAGCCGGGUGAAGGGCGGGCAGCACGCGCUCCUGCAGCACUGGAGCGAGUACAUCAAGACUUUUGGAACAACAAUUGUCAUCAAUCCUGAGAAAGACAAAGACAUGGUACAAGACCUGCUGGACUUCAAGGACAAAGUGGACCACGUGGUGGAGGUGUGCUUCCAGAGGAAUGAGCGGUUUAUCAACCUGAUGAAAGAGUCCUUCGAGACGUUCAUCAACAAGAGACCUAACAAGCCUGCUGAGCUGAUAGCUAAACAUGUGGACUCAAAGUUACGAGCAGGCAAUAAGGAAGCAACGGAUGAAGAGCUGGAGAGGAUCCUGGACAAGAUAAUGAUACUGUUCAGGUUCAUCCAUGGCAAAGAUGUCUUUGAAGCAUUUUACAAGAAAGAUUUGGCAAAAAGACUACUCGUUGGUAAGAGUGCUUCAGUGGAUGCCGAGAAGUCCAUGCUGUCAAAGCUCAAGCAUGAGUGCGGGGCAGCGUUCACCAGCAAGCUGGAGGGCAUGUUCAAGGACAUGGAGCUUUCCAAGGACAUCAUGGUUCACUUCAAGCAACACAUGCAGAACCAGAGCUCCCCAGGCCCCAUAGACCUCACAGUGAACAUCCUCACCAUGGGGCACUGGCCCACGUACACGCCUGUGGAGGUGCAUCUCCCUCCAGAGAUGGUCAGACUUCAGGAGGUGUUCAAGACCUUCUACCUCGGCAAGCACAGCGGCCGGAAGCUACAGUGGCAGACAACGCUGGGGCACGCCGUGCUGAAAGCAGAGUUUAAGGAGGGGAAGAAGGAGUUCCAGGUGUCCCUGUUCCAGACGUUAGUGCUGCUCAUGUUCAACGAGGGGGAUGGAUUCAGCUUCGAGGAAAUAAAGAUGGCCACCGGGAUAGAGGACAGCGAAUUGAGAAGGACGCUGCAGUCUCUGGCCUGCGGCAAAGCACGCGUUCUGAUUAAAAGUCCCAAAGGAAAGGAGGUAGAAGACGGAGACAAGUUCAUUUUUAAUGGAGAGUUCAAGCACAAGUUGUUCAGAAUAAAGAUCAAUCAAAUUCAGAUGAAGGAGACCGUUGAGGAACAAGUCAGCACUACCGAGAGAGUGUUUCAGGAUAGACAAUAUCAGAUUGAUGCUGCUAUUGUUAGAAUAAUGAAGAUGAGAAAGACACUUGGUCAUAACCUUCUCGUCUCUGAACUGUAUAAUCAGCUGAAGUUCCCAGUAAAGCCUGGAGAUCUGAAAAAGAGGAUCGAAUCCCUUAUAGACAGAGACUACAUGGAGCGAGACAGAGACAGUCCAAAUCAGUACCACUACGUGGCGUGAUGUGCCAGUGGACUGUUGUCUCCCAGUAGAACCAACGCCAGGAUGUGUGAAAAGCAGUGAAGCCCACACGCCGUUUCCAGACCCUGCAACUGGACCAGCUGUGGCCACUUGGAUGCGAAGGAUGUGAUUGCUACGUCCACCCAGGGCUCGAGGACUUUCAGAUGACACAUGUGUCUUUCCUCCACUUCUUCCUCUAGUUCUUUUAGUCAUUUAAAUUGUUUCUGCUGCUUUGUGCAAAGUAACUUUGAGGCCGGACACAAAGAUAGAAGAUAGUAGUUAAGAGAGGUUCCUUCACAGGUGGUGUUCUUGUGGCAGCAGGCGCAGGCUUGGUUUGUUUCGUGUGUGAUUGUGUGCAUAGUGGAAAGACCCAACUAGAUGCUGCAUUCUGUCCAAGACGAGCACUGUGGCCAUGAGCACUUGGACUGAAAAUGGGGCCCUCAGCUGGUGGACACUGGGAAGACAGUCAGUGUCCAAGCCAGCCACUCAAUUCCGUACCCAAGCCCUAGCCUCUGUGUUCCAUGUACUUCCAGGAAGUUUGAAAUUCUGGCAACUGGUUUCUUACAAUCAGGUUUCUAAGUGACAUCCUGAUGUGCCAAGAGGAUAUUGUGUCUGAUGCAUGACACGGAGCCCAUUGGCACCACCAGUUCAGUUCAGCCAAGUUACCUGUGCACUUCCCUUUUAAGGGCUUGGGGUUAGUGUGUUGGUGUUUUCAUUCUAAGACUGAGUCUGGAUGACUGCAGUUUGCAGGAUUUGUGUGGUUGCCAUAAUAAAGUUUGGUUUGGUUUUGCAGUCACUCACAGGGACUGUCCUUGUUCUCUGCCCUGCCACUGUACAGAGCUUCAGGGGAGACUCAGUCUUGACAUUGUGAUGCAGAGGUCAUUCUGUUGACACCUGGCUCUGUGUUGUGUACACACGUGAGGUUGAGCAGUGGAGAGGGAAGGUUCAGUAGUGAUGUUAGUAUGGAAACAAUGACAAAGAUACUUUUGUGAUAACUUUUAAAAAUACUUUAUAUUUUACAAAAUAGCAUGUUUCAUUUUGAUUAAAAGCUACCAAAGGAAUUUUGAUCAUGGUAUGAGUGUUUAAAGCAAUAUUUUCUGGAAUAUACCAAAUUUAUAUAAUUUCAUUUUAUGCUAAAUUAUUAAAGGAUUCUCCCUUUUUGAAACAUGCGUGUUUAAAAUAUGACAUCUUUUGGGUUCCGACAUUAAAAUCCUUAACUCUUUAAGUAUCAUCAUUUCUAUAUUUGUAAAUCUUCAUUUAUGAGUUCUAUGAUACGUGGUCUGUGAAAGGCCAAAUAGAUUUCUCUCUACUUCUUAUAUUUUAAGUUCAUUGUGUCUAGAGAUUGUUAAUAUUGUAAUUUAAUGUAGACUUCCUUUGAAUAAAACUAGUUUAAUUGGCCU